AACGAAUAAACGAGCCAUUUUUCCAUUUCUCGUUAUUGAAUUCAUGUUCUCUCACUUGAAUCUUCUUGAGUCUUUCGUUUUCUGAUUUUUAAUUGGAAACGGAUUAGGAUUGGACGGAAGAUACCCUGAUUCGUCUCAAAGUUGCUCAUUUGUCUCUUAUUGCUCAUGUGUAUACUCGUGUAUGGUAAGACUAUAUUUAUCUUUUCUCCAGUUGUGUCUGAUUUGGAAACAAAAACGGUGUUCGUGAUGGAGGGAGAUUCAGUCACUCUACAAUAUGGCAUUUGGCCUCCAUUCGAAGAAGAUUGGGUUCUUUGGAGAACGAAAAAUCUCGUAGCUGAACGCAUGGGAUAUAUGGAUGCACGUUUCAGGGAUAUCUGUAAAGAUGUCCCGUGUAAAGACCGUAAUAAGAGACUCAAAGACAGACUGAAACUGAAUCGAGAUGGAUCUCUGACCAUCACUAACACCAGAACCACAGACUCUGGACUUUAUGAUUUACUGAUCAGGAGUUUUGGUCUCCGUGGAAGCAGAAGUACAAAGCUGUUUCUCCUUGAUGUUCAUGGUGUUUCUGCUGCUGAUCGAGAUCAAAUGAAGAGAAAGUCAGUGAAGGAGGGAGAAUCUGUUACAUUAGACACUCGUGUAAUAAAUAACCAAAACAAUUCAAUAACAUGGUAUUUCAUGGACACUCUCAUCGCUGAAAUCACUGGAGAUCAGAGUAAGAUCUGUUCAGAUGAUCAGUGUAAUGAUAGAUUCAGAGACAGACUGAAGCUGGAUCAUCAGACUGGAUCUCUGACCAUCACAGACACCAGAACCACAGACUCUGGACUCUAUCUAUUACAGAUCAGCAGCAGCAGAUUCAGCAUCAUGAGGAGUUUUAGUGUUACUGUCAGUGGUGAGUAUUAUUGAGUCGUGAUGCACAAUAUAUCCAUCUCUGAUCUUGGAGGUGGGUGAUUUGAGAGCAUAUGAGACAAGAGCAUAUCCGUCGAAGAGGUUUCAAAUUCUGCAGAGAUCAAAUAAAUUUCAUUGGCAUAAAUCUGUGGUUCCCAAUCCUGGUCCUGAAGAACUCUCAUUAGUGAAGACUCCAAGACCUCAGAUGUGUGUGU